GUUUCUGUGACUUGCAGAGCAUUUACAUUUGCAUGCCUUGUUGAGAGUGCAGACAUAUGUUUAGCAGCGUAUAUAACACUCCAUUUGGAAAUAAUGUCACAAGCAAAAGAAAAAAUUCGUAGGAGUGCCCUACCACUUACUGUUGAGCAGCUGAAGCAAAUAGAGCAGAAGAGACAUGAAGCUUUGAGAAGACUUGCUGCUCGCAAUGAUCCCAUGCCCAUUGGAGAGAGCUGGCACAACCACAUUUGGACUGAAUUCACCAAACCUUACUUCACUAAGCUGAUGUCUUUUGUUGCUGACGAGAGGAAACAUUUCACUGUUUAUCCAAGCAAAGAGCAUGUCUUCUUUUGGACAAAUGUGUGUGCAUUUGAGACUGUGAAAGUGGUUAUCCUUGGCCAAGAUCCAUAUCCGAGACAAAGUCAAGCUCAUGGUCUGUGCUUCAGUGUACCGAGGCCUUCGCCACCACCUCCAAGCUUGGAAAAUAUAUUCACUGAGCUUGCAAUAGAUAUCAAGGACUUUCAACACCCUGGCCAUGGGGACCUGACAGGAUGGGCUAAACAAGGUGUUCUGCUUCUGAACUCUGUUCUGACUGUGAGAAGCAGAGAGCCAGCAUCCCACCAGGGCCAGGGAUGGGAGGAGUUCACUGAUGCUGUGGUUCAGAGCCUAAGUAGGAAUUUAAAAGGCCUGGUCUUCCUACUGUGGGGAUCAUAUGCUCAGAGGAAAGGCAAAUUCAUUAACUGGUCAGAGCACCAUGUCCUUGAGACAAGCCAUCCAUCACCAUACUCUGCUCACAUGGGCUUUUUUGGAUGCAGACACUUCUCAAAGACUAACAUCUUACUUAGGGCAUCUGGAAAAACACCAAUUGAUUGGAAUGCACUGUGACCAGAAUACCUUUUAGAAAUAUUUUAAAAUGCUACCAUGGGCUUUUAAAUCUAAUGUUGUAUGAUAUUAGAUAUUUAGAUAUUAAAAUUAGAUAUGUACUGUAGUCCUUCAACACGCAUGAAAUAUUCAUUCUCUGCAGUGUUACACCGUUGUCUAGAAAAGCAUUUAUUAAAAAAGCAGUGUCUUGAGUGGUUUUCCUUCAUUCCUUAAGGUUUAAAUAUGAACAUAGCUUUAUUCCUGUGCACCAUGUCUAUGGCAAGUUUAAACGUUUUAAAAUACAUUCCUGAACAAAAUCUUAAGACCAGGGAAAAUAAUAGAAGCAUUCACACUUUGCACUGGUGGAUGGUAACCAGGCUAUAAGUACUUCUUCAAAAUGCCAAAAGAAGAAACAUGAGCAAGAAACAAAAAAAUAGAGAGUAGGCAAUUUAUUGAAAACUACAUUUAAACUCAAACAGGCUGGUCAUCAGCUGAUCAAAAGUUUAAGACCAUAGCCUUAAAAAGUUAAAAUCUGUUCAAAAUUAUGGCUUUAAUUUCAUUGUCCUUCACACAGUCAUGAUUUCCUGAUGGCAAAAGUAAAAAUUUGUUUUUGAAUGUGGUAGGAUUGUCGAGCUGCACAAGCAAGGGCUCUCGCAACGUGCCAUUGCUGCCAAGGAUGGACGCAGUAAGACAGUCAUUUUAAAUUCCUUAAAAGAUCCUGAGAGUUAUGAGACAAAAAAAUCAAGUGCUACCACUUGAUUUUUUUGUCCCAUAACUCUCAGGAUCUUUUAAGGGAUUUAACCCAAAACAAUUUCAACAGGCCGAUCUUUAAUUAAGGCCAUUAUCAGUGUUGUAAUGUAACGGAGUACAAACACUUCAUUACUGUACUUAAGUAGAAAUUUCAUGUAUCUGUACUUUACUUCACUAUUUAAUUUAUGUCAACUUUCACUUUUACUCUACUACAUUUCCUAAAUAAAAUGUAUACUUUUACUCCGA